AUGGCCAGGCUGCCACCUCACCUGCGGCUGCUGCUCCUUGCGACAGUCGUGUCCGCAAACCCAACACCGCCUCUCUUCGCUCGUGAUGGCUGCGCAACCAGCGGCCCUACAUCCUGCGCAGCGCAAGGUCUCGCCAAACAACUAUGUUGUCCGGCAGACAGUGCCUGUGUUGCGUUGGCCGGGAAGACUACAGUUAUUUGCUGCCCAAGCAAUCAAUCGUGCAACAAAAUCCAACCGAUAACGUGCAACCUCGCCGAACAGGACCCGAGUUUGAACCCGAAUGCGCCCAUCAAAACUACAGUGAAGAACGCCAAGCUGCCGACGUGUGGUACCAAUCUCUGCUGCCCGUUUGGUUUCACUUGCUCCCCCGAUAAAACAUCAUGUACCAUGGACCAAGACCAGUCUAAAUCACCAGAAAGUUCACCCUCCGCCAGUCCGACCAGAGCAACGCUUACAUCUACAACUGGUCCUGCACCAACCGCAACCACAACCAACACGUCAACUGCGGCUGCUACGACUUCCGCGGAUGCAAAUCAAGAUCACGGCUCAUCCGGCCUUGGACCCGAAAAGAUAUCCAUCAUAGGAGGCGCGGUUGGCGGCGUCCUUGCCCUGUGUCUCCUCAUCGGGAUCAUAUUCCUCUGUGUACGAAGUCGCUCCAAGAAGGGAUCUUACCAGAGAUCCUCAUCUCGCGAUGGAUCUGCCGGCUCCGGCCCGUACGGAAACAUGAUCUCAGGACCAAUUCUGAACCCUGAGACUUCGUACCGCACCGAUUUCAUUCGGAAACCGCCGUCGCCGCCGUCGCCGGCCGCAUCACGGUUCAGUCGUUCACUAGCUCGUCUCUCACGAGCCCCCCGACUCUCAGUCGCUCACACAGAGAACAAGCAUUUCUCCAUACGGAACCCAUUUCACUCCCCUAACCCAUCUGUGCCCUCGCCCUCGCCACGCAUGUCACAGUCGUCUCUGUCGUCGCACGACGAUGACCACCCGCGCACCGGACACGUUGGCGCGCGGCUUCCUCCCAUCCGCAACCUGGCCCCCGACCGCCAUUCGCAAUACGCCCAUCGCGAUUACAGCCGCGAAAGUAUCACCGUACACGCCGGCCCGGACACCGUGCCCAAGGAUGACAAUGAUAAUCGGACCACGACAUUCGGCGGACUGAUGAGGAAUUACGGCGAUGUUCACCAAAACAAUGGCUACACACCUGGGAGUCAGACGCUGCAGGUUCCCGGGGCGAGACGAUCAUGA